GAGAGAGAGAGGAAGGGAGAGAGCGAAAGAGAAAGGAAAAGGAGUGAGACGGAGAACGGGGGAGCGAGUGUGCCGGACGUUCGAUUAGCGCUGGCGAGCGCCGCGACUCGCGUCGGGACGCGACCGGACGACGGGGAAUCGAUCCGAUUCUGUAUAAACUCGACUGCAAAACACACCACGUGCCUUUAUCGUCGUUAGUAACUGUUGAGGUCCUCUCUCUCAUUUGUCGGGGAUCGUGACGCCUUUUCUCCUCUUUCGGCACGGCCAUCGACGCUGAUCGUCGAGUGAAAUCUAGCCGAGGUCCUCAAACAAGGGAGCGACCGAACGACGACGUUGUGGAGAUGUCCGAGCCAUGCGCCUUCCCGAGAUUACCGCAUUCCGCGACCUCGGCCACCGCGAAGCCUGACCUCGAUCCCACGAGGUCGAACGAAGUUGGCGAAUAUUACGUAGGAGUGCCUGUGGUCAGAAACGCAAACUCCCGGAGGAUCGAAGCCCCGGGGCUGUUGACCCGCGUCGCGACGCCACCGCGUUGGUGUGGACACCUGGCCGGUGUGUUAGGGCGCCUCCUCGCUAAUUAAAUGGUAAAUGAAGUAAUAAGCCGGCGACGGUAUUACUGCGGUGAACGGCGAGAAUCGAAGCGACAUGAGACGUUGCCGUCGAGAGACGAAUCGCUUCGAGGACGGACGCUGUCGGCGAGCGACGAAGGCACUGUCGUAACUCUGUUCCAAGUCAACGAAGACGAAGACGAAGACGACGACGACGACGACGACGACAGUAACGCGGAAGAUCCGCAGAACUGCCAUCCGAUCUCGCCAGCCGCGUCCUGGAAGCCGUAGAAACACCGAACCGUAUCCUCGCUAUAAAUAAUCCGUUUCCUUGCGCAACCGAGACACACGCACAUCGGAAGUGACAUACGCGUGCACGCGCGACACAUAUAUGCCGGCCGUUCCUUCGACAAGGUGAGACCGACCUUCCCCGCGUCCUUGGCUUCACGGCAGGAGGAAUCGUCUUCGUAACAUCCCGCGCCCCGGCGAUCUUAGACGUACACCUAUAGAUAAACGAGAAUUCCGGGUCCAAACGAACACGUCGACGAGGAGGAGAAGGAGACACAUCGAAGUCAUUUGCGCGUGCGGACGCACUGAAACACACUCUUUCUCUCCCUUAGACAGUUCAAUCAGGAUAUACUACGAGAAUGAGCGAGAACGACCAAAAACAACGAUUGUAUCCCGAUUAUAUUCCUAUAGCGCACGAGAUAGACACCUAGACGACAAUUCUCUCUCUCUCUCCCCCCUUCUCGUUCAGCGUCGCUCUUUCGUAUGUUCAUUGAGAAGCGGACGAAGGAAGAAAAGGGAAAUAAAAACGGACGUACCGCUGAUUCGCGUGUCGUCCAAUCGCAGCAACGAAUCUUUCCUUUUUCUCGUGUGGCAACGUCGCGAGAGUUACGUUACUUUUGUCUUAUAUUAUUAUAUACGGCUGAUCACUAUGCUCAACUCGUGCUGUGCUUUUUUCUACCGUGCUACUCGUGCAUUAUACGCCGCGAGUGUUUUCCUAAUGCUUUAGUGUUUACCGCACGAUAUAUUUGAGAGGAAUCGGGCCCGGUGCGCCCCAUCGCUCGGAAACGCGGAAGUCUCGGCUGCCCAGGUAUCUGGGAAUUCUGUUCCUGAGAUGCCUGUUAGACGAGGUCACGUGGCGCCCAGAACUACGAUCAUCGAAACCAUCAUCAGGAAAUUUGAUACUCACGAUCGAAGCUUUUUAGUGGCGAACGCGCAGCAGGGACUAUGCCACAUUAUCUAUUGCUCGGACGGUUUUUGCCGGCUGACGGGUUUCUCAAGGGCCGAGGUGAUGCAGCGACCAGCAGUCUGCGACUUCCUCCAUGGACCAAUGACAUCACCGCACGCGGUUGCGGCCCUACGAGACGCCCUUGCCGCUGGCGUAGAAAAGCACUUCGAGAUCCUUUACUACAGGAAGGACGGAACCAAGUUUCUCUGCAGCGAGGUGAUAGCGCUAAUAAGGAGCGAGGUGGACGACAUUUGCCUGCAAAUCAUAAACUUCGAGGAUCUGAGCUCACAACCGCCGCCGCAGCCCGCGAUCCCGCCGCCGAGUCAGGCCAACAACAGACUCGCGACACGCUUCGACAGGGCAAGGGCGUCCUUCCGGGCUGGUCUGUCGAGAACCGGUGUCGUCGGUCCACCGAGAGUCCGCAAUCGACCGCGCGCGACGUCUAAUUUGCCUCACCGACUUGCUGACGGGACCAUCCUCGACGAGGACGCUUCUGAGAACUGCCCGUUAACAUGUGGCUCGCCCACAAUGAUGGAAUCUUGGGGCCCUGGGAGAACCGGCACACCUCCGCCGGGAGUGCUACCACUGCCGCCGUCGGGCGGCGGCAACAACAAUGGUGGCGCAACAACGUCGGCGGCUACCUCGGCCGUCAUACCGCAGCCCGGCACAACUGCUCCCAUCGCGAGUCCCGAGGGAGUGAGCGACGUCUCGCAAAAGUCGGGAAUCUGGGAGGGCGCAAACUCGUCUUCGGGAGGUGCCGCGGAGGGUCCCUCAAGGAGUGUCUCUCACGCAGCGAGUUUGGACGCUAUCUCAAAGCGAACCGUGAAACAGGAAACGGCAAGAGCUCCUUGUCGCAGUCUCACCUGCAGCGUUUCGGGCCGAGGGAGCGAACACGUCACCCUCGAGCGACGACCAGCGACAGUCGAUAAUCUGACCGAAGCAGCGAAACAUUCGAAAAUCUUUCCUGGCGUCGCUUCUGAAAGCGAUUUACAGAAAUGGCGGACGUCCAGGGACAGGAAGUCGCCGUCUCUGAGUCAGAUGGGACCCGAUUCUAUCAAACACAAAUUUUCUUUACAAGACAAUGGAUCUGCGAAGUACUUUCAAGGAGCGAUGCACACACCAAACAUGGGAGAAAAAGUUGCUCAGGUGCUGUCUCUCGGAGCAGACGUCCUCCCAGAGUACAAAUUACAGUCCCCCAGAAUCCAUAAGUGGACCAUACUACACUACUCACCAUUCAAGGCGGUCUGGGAUUGGAUUAUAUUGCUGCUCGUGAUGUAUACCGCCAUAUUUACGCCGUACGUCGCCGCUUUUGUUCUAUCGGAUCCGGAUUACAACAGCAGAAAGAACAAGAAGUACAGUGACGACCCCAUCGUUAUUAUAGAUUUCAUAGUCGACGUCACAUUUAUCGUGGAUAUCAUCAUAAAUUUUCGCACGACGUUCGUCAACAGCAACGAUGAGGUGGUCUCCCAUCCUGGAAAGAUAGCCGUCCAUUACCUGAAGGGUUGGUUCAUCAUCGACCUGGUAGCUGCCAUUCCUUUCGACCUCCUACUCGUCGGCUCGGACACUGAUGAGCUCGGCUUGGACAAGGAUGAGACGACAACCUUAAUCGGACUUUUAAAGACGGCUCGUCUAUUGCGCCUUGUCAGGGUGGCCAGGAAGAUCGACAGAUACAGCGAAUAUGGCGCUGCCGUUUUAUUACUUUUAAUGGCCACUUUUGCUCUUAUUGCUCAUUGGAUGGCGUGUAUAUGGUACGCCAUUGGAAACGCCGAGAGACCAACUCUAAAGAGCAAGGUUGGUUGGCUCGAUAUUCUAGCUAACGACACGCAUCAGUUUUAUUUUCACAAUAACACCGGCGGACCGAGCAUAAAAAGUCGUUAUAUUACGGCGCUGUAUUUCACUUUCAGCAGCCUCACGUCCGUAGGAUUUGGGAACGUAGCGCCCAAUACUGAUGCCGAGAAAAUCUUUACAAUAGUUGUCAUGUUGAUCGGAUCCUUGAUGUACGCCAGUAUCUUCGGUAACGUAUCAGCGAUCAUCCAGAGGCUGUACAGCGGCACCGCUCGGUAUCAUACACAGAUGAUGAGAGUCAGAGAAUUCAUAAGAUUCCAUCAGAUCCCGAAUCCGCUCCGUCAGCGAUUGGAGGAGUACUUUCAACAUGCGUGGACCUAUACGAACGGGAUUGACAUGAACAGUGUUCUGAAAGGGUUUCCCGAGUGCCUUCAGGCUGAUAUCUGUCUUCAUCUUAAUAGGAAUCUUUUAAACAAUUGCCGAGCCUUUGAAGGGGCCAGUCCAGGUUGUUUAAGGGCAUUAUCCUUAAAGUUUAAGACGACGCACGCGCCUCCGGGUGACACUUUAGUCCAUCGAGGGGAUGUAUUGACUUCCCUGUAUUUUAUAUCCCGCGGGAGUAUUGAGAUCUUGAAGGAUGAUAUCGUAAUGGCCAUUUUGGGCAAAGACGAUAUAUUUGGCGAAAAUCCAUGCAUUUAUCCGACAGUCGGAAAAUCGUCUUGUAACGUUCGCGCCCUUACAUAUUGCGACCUUCACAAGAUACAUCGGGACGACCUGCUUGAUGUCUUAGCACUUUAUCCAGAAUUCUCCAAUCACUUCAGCCAGAAUCUCGAGAUUACUUUUAACAUGCGAGAUGAGGAGCAAGCUGGUGUUGAUCCAAUAUCAGCAAGAUUCCCUGUUAGUACUCCGACCGACAUCGACGUCGAUGCAAGGAGAUUCGCUUUCCGUCCACCAAGAUACCGUCGAGGACCCGGUGGUCCUGGCACAAAUCUUAUUUCCACAUUUCGACAAGACUCCUUACAGGAUGAUCAAGAUGAUUAUGACAAAGGUAGCGGUCAUGGUAUCUUAGAGUUCAGCACAGACAAGGCCGGUCAAGACGUAACACCAUUGAAUUUGGAAUUCGACGAACCUAAACAGAAAAAUUCGACCUUAAACUCGAUAACUGGCAUGCUAACCCAUCUCAAGCGCAGCAUACCGGAUCUACGACAGCACAAGAUUGAUCUGCAGCCACUUACCAGUCACGAUUAUCUUGCAAAGCAAAUGACCACGCCGCUGACAAAAUCGGCACGUCGGAGUUCCGCCGCUGGCGAGAGUUGCCUCAGUCAAAACAUCGUUCAUCCCACUUCGGCAACGUCGAGCCACUACACCACACCAUCGCCCCCGCAGCAUCCUCAUUCCCAUGGUGACUUUCAGAGCGGCCCAGGUCGGCCUGUGGAGGAGAUCAACGCCAGAAUCGAUCAGCUGUCGCGGCAGGUGACCUCAUUGGAGCACUCAAUGGCUGGCGACAUCAGAUUGAUCUUGAGUCUACUCCAGCAAACGCUCAACUCGUCAAGAGAGACCUCCAGCAUCGAGAUGAUGCCGGGAACUGUACCUGCCGGCACGAAACAAAGUAGCCGUGCACCUGCAUUGAUCCAAAGAUCUUCAAGUGAGCCGCAACCACCGACGGUCCCGGCGGGCAGCGGAAACGGAAAGAUUCAACCCAGCACGUCGCACGGCUUGUUCAGCCUUCUUUCGAAAUCCCUGGAUCAGUUGCAUUUGAUUUCGGCGUCUUUUAUUUUGGAAAAGUUGGACAAGUUCCGAAGACCUCCCGCAAGGGAUGUGACCUCCACGUCGUCAGGAACGUCGCGACUGACCGUUACGUCGGACACAUCUGCGCUCGCGACAGCAUUACAGACGGCGCUGAACAAUCGGACCGGACCCACAAGGUCGCAAAGUCAGCCGGUUGACUUGGCCGUGCCGACUAGCACGCAGCAGCAGACUCAUCAGUCCCAUGCUUGGCACAGUCAACCUGCCGCUUUCAGGAGAGGCGAAUACCGGAGUGGUGUGCCUUGUGGUAGAUACAUUUCAUUCAAUAAGCGCUCGGAACCAGAGGGUGAAGAUCCUUGGGUCGGUGUAGCGCCGGAGGAUCGCGGCGCCCAACGUCCACGAAGCGGGGACUCGCGUAAAGAAUCAUCUAAUCAUCGUGGCGGCAACGGUACGGAAUCCACGUCGGGGCAACAGGGUCGAUCGGAUAGUAGACACGAAAGUAGUAGCAGAGGACAGGCGAGUGGACCUCGACAGCAGGACUCCUCGAGACAGACCAGCGAGGACAUGUCGUGGGAGUUCAUGAUAAGCGACGCGCCGAUCGCGAGGCUCGAGUCGCUAGAUGAACUUGAUCAGGGCCACGGUAGUUAAGAGGAAACAUGCGCGGCAGGAGAGUGUGUUGUUACUAAGUUAGGAGCCAUGACAUCACCGUGAGAUUUAGCUUGUCCCAAUCGACAAGACGUGGAAAACUGUGCGAUGCGCGAGAGCAACGGAAGAGCGCGAUUGAGGCCGUUCAAUCUCUUUUUAGGAAAAAUCUCGUACUUAAUACAAUUGAUAUCAUGCCAUGUUUGACUCAAAUUCGAAUCUUGCAGUUAAAUUAUAAACAUAAUUUUAAUAUUCAUAAGCCGGCUUAAGAGCGCGUACUAUUGAAGGGAGCAUCCAAGUUCAAAGAUAACAUCCUGAUAUAAUCUUGCUAAUAUUUUAUUUUUAUAUUGAAAUUCAAGGGAUUAAAAGUAAUCGAAAUCGAAUUUAUAUAAUAAAAACUGUUUGUAUAAUGAAAUAAUUUUUUAAGCUCUUUAUUCGAAUUAUAAAAUGAUAAAAUGAAAUAUAUUCUUUUUAAUUAAUACUUUUAAAAUAUGAGUUUAUACGAGGACAAUCUGACAAAAAAGUUCGUAAAGUUAUACGAUUAGGUAUCAAAUUGAAGAAAAUCGGCAUUUUUUUAAAGAACUUUAAAUGUAAACAAAAUUACCUUUGUAGAAAAAAGCGCCAAUUUUGCUUCUCAAUAUAAAAACUACACCAAAAAAUUUAAGUGUAGUAUUUCAAUUCCUUACUAAAAAAAAGUAAUGAUGUCACAAAAUUGUGUUAUCUAACUCGAGUGUGAUAUGUAUUUUUCAAAAUAGUAUAUGAAAUUUUUAAAUUGCUGAGCCAAUUAAAAAGAGAAUAUAUUUAUAGCUUUAGUAUAUAAAGUAUAACUGUUGUAUACUACUUUUAAUGUUUUUAAAAAUAAAAUAUGUUUCCUCCAACUGCACGCAUUCUAAAAGGCAAUUUUAUGAAUGCAGAAGUUAUUUUAUUUUGUUAAUUUGGAUUAAACAAUCACUUAUUAAAAAUCAUCAUAUUAUUUAGGUUUUUGAAAUGGUCAGUUUUGGAUCAAGCGCGCUCGUCUCUUCCGAGUUCCCAACGCAAUGAUUAAAACAAUUCGAUAUUCGUUCCUUCAGGUCGAUUUUUUACGUGUCGAAGAACAGCAAAGGAAACAAGUACACCGUAUCUCGCCAAUUAGACGCCAAUUAUUUUAUUUACACUGGAUCGCAAAUAAUUAUUUAUAUAUAUUUACACUUUAAGAGAGCCACCUUACGCGCUGUAUAUUAUAAGAUGGGUAUAAUGAAGACGAAAGAAGCGUAUUGAAAGUACACAAUAUGUCGCGCGAAGGAAUUGCAGAAAUUUUCGGCGAACGACGAUCGUGAAAAAUCGGGGACGAAGCGUGAAUGAGAUAUCACAUCUUAAAAUUAAUACGCCGUUAGAGAGAAGAAUAUUUAGCUUCUUAUAUAUAUUAUGUAAAUAUUUCUACGGUAAAUGCACGGUUAAACGACGUUGUAAGCGAAUUGAGAAAAACGUUCGUUUUUCUACUUUAUCGUAUGAAUAUUUGGAUAGCCUUCGGAUUCACGAUUUCUCACCGGUAUCUUGACAUUAGGCGGAUAUGUGGAGGGUCUUACGAUUGAUCUGUUCACCGCGGAGUUUUACUUUGAAAAAGUUUCCGAGUGUGUGGAUUUCUGGUUUAGGAGUUAAUUAAAAGACGACUGUAAAAGCAUCCUUUUUAUUCUUGCUUAUAGACGACGUUAGACCACGGUAUUAAGAUAAUGAUACUUAUGAAAAAAAGAAAAAAAAAACAAUUUCGCGAUAUUCUCACAUACCGAUUUAAGCAGGAACAUAAAGAAACGAUUUUUUCUCGAUUAACCCGCCGUAUAAAGUAGCUAUUGUCUUUUAUACAGACAGAGUACGAUUAUGAAAGCGUGUCGCGCUGACGACAUUAGGCAAUUAUCAAAGUUUGUAUUCUUAUCAUUGUUAUUAUUAUUGCAAUUAUUAUUAUUAUUACUAUUAGUAUUAUUAGUACUCUUAUUACAAUUAUUAUUAUUAUAGUUGUUAUUAUGGUGAUCAUAUAAUAAUGGAAGAAACGUAAGCGCGACGAGAAGGAAACGAAGAAAAUAACACCGAGGACAUAAUGCCUACGCAAUAAUAUAUAUAUACACAUAUACAUAUACAAAAAGGAAGAUAGAUAUGCGUGCGUAUGUGUGUCUGUGUGUUCGCACGUGCGUAUGUGUGCGUGUGUGUAUGUAUGUAUUCUAUAAAUUUUUUACGAAACGUUUCGAGUCGCUACUGCUCCUAAAUGCGUAUAAAAAUAUCGAUCUUUCUUUUUCUCUUUCUCCCUUUUCAUUUAUCCUCCUCCCGUGACAAUUCUAUCUUUGUCAUUAGUGUCGUGAAAUGUUUAAUUACGUUGAAACAGCGAGCGACUAUCCUGCAAAUUUCAUCUCGGCGGCGUAAUACUUCACACAUUAGAUUUUUACAUUACUCGAUAAGAGGGAAAGGAGGAAAAAGAGGGAGAGAGAGGAAUUGAAUUCACGGGAAUGGCGCUUCGAGAUCAUUUAUGGAUCCCCGAUCGCUGAUGUAUUCGUUCUUUGCUCAGUAUUCUAGGCUGUAACUGAUUACUGAAUACUUUUGAUGUAAUGAUUAAAACAGAACACAAUUCGUAGUUAAUUCUCCGCGACAAAACAACGGCGCAGCACUAAUUAUAAGGAAAACUCAGCUUUUCAAUUUCGCAAAUAGUGGUUUUUUGAUUGUGAAAUUAUUAAUAGUAAUAAACACACACACACACACACACACACACACACAAAAGCAGUACACGUGAAUUCUCGCACUUAGAUACACGACAGGAGUUGUACAUAAAUUAGGCGAUUCUUUUUAGAAAAAGGAAGAGUCCGACGUGGUUCCGACCAAGGGCGGCCACGUUCGUUGUGCAAAUCUCGUCUCGAAUCACCGAAUUCACCGUGUAACUGUGUGGCAAAAAUACAUAUCGCCGCUUGGCAAUUCGUCACCGGCCGUAUUUCCACGGAAUCUCACAUUAAAAGAAAUUAUUCCUAAUGAAUAUGGGCCGGUUCCCGAAUAUUUGGCGCGCAGUCUUCUAAAAGAUAUUUAUUUCUUGACUGACUUUUUUUUACUAUUACUUGCCGAAUGCCUUAACUAAUAACAAAACAUGUUUAUUCAUUUAUUACUUGUCUUAGCAAUAAAUACCUACAAUUUAUUUAACAUGAAAAAUUUUAAUUGUAAACUGCGCGGCUGUGUUUAUUAGGUGCAGUGUUCCUGCCGUGCCAAUUAAGGAUCAUCUACUUUUGGCAUUGCUUUAAAUAACUAAAUAUGACAUCACUAUAUUUUUAUAGUCGAAUAAUAGAUACGCGUAGAAGCACAAUGUUCGUAAUUUUAUCUUCUUAUUUCUCUAUUGUACUGAAUAAUGCUAAAUAAUACGGAAAAUCAAGAAAGUA